AUGCUGGUGGGUGGUGUGCCGAGUGUGGUGCGCGCGGCGGCGCGAGCGCCUGCGCGGCUGCUGAGCACCAGUGCUCCGCUUCUGGCCAAGAGCGGUCCCGGCCGCGGCAAAGCGCGCAAGAGCCCGGCGACGCUGCUGCGUCUGCACGCACAAGGCAAGCUCAAAGGCGCUGAGGCGGCUGCGGCCGCUGCGCUGCUCGAUGCGCAAGGCACGGCGUCUAUAGAAGAGACGAGCGAGAAGCGCGGCGCGCAGAGCAUGACGCUUGGCGAGGCGCGCAAUGUGAUCCGUGCGCUGGAGGCGGCGCGCCCCAAGAAUGCGUACGAGCUGCACAUUGUCACGAAUGUGCCCUCGAACCAGACGAAUGCGUUCCGCGACCGGAUCGUGUACCCCCGUGACCCCCGUAUCAAAGGCGAGGUGGUGCUUGUGUUUGCCGAGCAAGGCACCGACGCCGCCGCCGCCGCCCAAAAAGCCGCCGACCAGCUCGCGGCGUCCAACUCGUCGACGCGUCUGAUUAUCGGCGGCAGCGAGAUGAUCAGCGAUGCGGCGUCCGGCCGUGUGCCGCCCUAUACGCGUGUGCUUUGUACUACGGCGAUCCUGCCCUCGCUCAGCAAAGCGCUCGCCCGCACGCUCGGCCCCAAGGGUCUGAUGCCGAGCGUGAAGCGUGGCACGGCCGUGGACGAUGGCGAGGAGAUGCAGCGUGCCGUCGAGCAGCUCGUUUCCGGCGUCGACUGGCGUGGCGACCGUGCGGGCGUGGUGCGUGGUGCGGUGGGCCGCAUCGCCUUUUCCGAGGUGGAUCUGCGCAAGAACGUGCAUGCGCUCCUCGACGCGGUGAUUACCAAGGCGGUGAGCGGCCUGGCGGGCACCAAGACCAGCGCGCACGUCAUUGCGGGGUACGCACGCGACGCCGAGACCACCGACGAGCACGGCAACGCGGUGGCCAAGCGGACACCCGGUGCGUUCAAGAAGGCACAAUCCGUGGUGCAGCAAGUGCACCUUAGUUCGACGCAGGGCCCCGGCCUCCGUUUGCGCCUCGAUGACGUCCUGUAG